CUUUCCCCUGCUAAAGAAAACAAAGCAGAGGAACUGGGUUUAGAGAGAGAGAUAGAAAUGGCGAAUAUAAUCUCAAAUCCUUCAUGGACUCUAAAUGAUGCUCUCCGAUCUCACUCAUAAAUGCUUACAAUCUCGUUCUACAGAGCAAUUGAACAAUGUCAUCAUCAUCAUCGGCAGUUACAGCAGAGCCUGGAAAUAUUGAGGUUUUUUCAUGGCUCAAAACCCUACCUAUAGCACCUGAGUUCUAUCCAACUCUAUCAGAGUUUCAAGAUCCAAUUGCUUACAUUUUCAAGAUCGAGAAAGAAGCAUCCAAGUAUGGAAUAUGCAAAAUCAUUCCACCGGUUCCACCUCUGGCUAAGAAAACUAUAAUUACCAACUUGAAUGCAUCUUUAUCAGCUCGUUCGACUACUUCAAACCCUAAAUCAUCUCCCACGUUCACCACAAGGCAGCAGCAGAUCGGGUUCUGUCCGAGGAAGCAUCGCCCAGUUCAGAAGCCGGUAUGGCAGAGUGGGGAAAAUUAUACUGUUCCUCAGUUUACUGCUAAGGCGAAGAGUUUUGAGAAGAGUUACUUGAAGAAGAUCCCUAAGAAGACUCUUUCGUCUCUAGAAGUAGAAACCCUUUACUGGAAGGCUAAUGGGGAUAAGCCUUUCUCUGUUGAGUAUGCUAACGAUAUGCCUGGUUCGGCAUUCGCUCCUGUAAGUGUUAAAAAGUAUGGAAAAGAAGCAGGGGAUUCGUUGACUGUGGGGGAUACUGCUUGGAAUAUGAGAGGUGUCUCUAGGGCUAAAGGUUCUUUGUUGCGUUUCAUGAAGGAAGAAAUUCCUGGGGUGACUUCACCAAUGGUUUAUAUUGCAAUGAUGUUUAGCUGGUUUGCUUGGCAUGUGGAGGAUCAUGACCUGCAUAGCUUGAAUUAUAUGCAUAUGGGGGCAGGGAAAACUUGGUAUGGCGUGCCUAGGGAUGCUGCAGUAGCUUUGGAAGAGGUGAUCAGGAUGCAGGGUUAUGGUGGGGAGAUUAAUCCUCUUGUGACUUUUCAUAUCCUUGGUGAGAAGAACACAGUGAUGUCACCAGAAGUACUAAUUAGUGCAGGGGUCCCUUGCUGCAGAUUGGUGCAAAAUGCUGGGGAAUUUGUUGUCACAUUCCCUAGAGCAUAUCAUUCUGGUUUUAGUCAUGGAUUUAAUUGUGGAGAGGCUGCUAAUAUUGCUACCCCCGAAUGGUUGAGAUAUGCAAAAGAAGCUGCAAUUCGUAGAGCAUCAAUAAAUUCUUCACCUAUGGUAUCUCAUUGCCAGUUACUCUAUGACCUUGCACUCUCGUUAUGUUCAAGGAUUUCCAGGGAAAGCAAUUCUGAACCACGGAGUUCAAGGCUAAAGGAUAGAAAGAAGGGUGAGGGUGAAACCCAAAUCAAAGAGCUUUUUGCGGAGGAUGUUAUAAGGAAUAAUGAAUUGCUCCACAUCCUUGGGCAAGGAUCAUCUAUUGUGCUUCUUCCCCAGAAUUCCGUGGAUGAUGUUGUGGAUUCUACUUUAGAAAUUGCUUCCCAGUUCAAGGAAAACUCUGGGUUGUCCUUUGGUUUGUUUAGUUCAAUAGAAGAAACAAAGAGUGCUGGAAGCUUAGUCUCUGACAACUUCAUGCUGAACACGAAAAUGGACGCCAAUAAAUUGUCAGGUCUUUGCACCUUUACUUCUCCAACUGAGAAACCUGAGAAUGAAAGAGAAAGAACUGCUCAGGGUAAUAAGUUAUCUGAUAAGGGAUUGUUUUCCUGUGUAACAUGUGGAGUCUUGAACUUUGCUUGUGUUGCCAUUGUUCAACCUAGAGAUGCUGCAACUCGACACUUCACGUCAGCUGAUUGUACCAUCUUUAGCAAUCGAGACACUUUUUCUGGUUCAAUUAGUAGUGAUGGUAUUCAUUGUGCCACUCCUUCCAACUCUCGUGUGCUCAAAUCAUGUUCUGCAGGACGGGUGGAUAAAAAUGUUCAUGGUGGCUUGUUUGAAGUUCCAAUUCAAACGAUUGAGAAAUUGGAAUCAGCAGAUCAAAAUGAAGGUGUCAUCUCAAAUCUUAAAAUAGAAACAGCCUCCACUGCCCUCGGACUAUUGGCUUCCGCUUAUGGAAACACAUCUGACUCUGAUGACGAGGAACGAGUUGAAGUAGAUGUUAUUCUUUAUGAUGAUAAAGCGAAAGUCAGAGACCUCUCACCCAAAAGUGAACAUAACAAGAGUCAUAGUGAAGAUCUUAACUGCUAUUUUGAGGUUGAUGUUAACAGUAGUAGCAUUCAAAAAGAAUCUAAUAUUGUUGGAACUACGGUUAUGCCUCAUACUACAAAUUCAACCUUGACAUUUGAAAAUGCAUCUGGGCCUGUUACUUUAGGGUCCAAUGAUGAGGAUUCUUCUAGAUUGCACGUCUUUUGUCUUCAGCAUGCUGCAGAAGUAGAAAAACAACUUCGCCCACUUGGUGGAUCGCAUAUAUUGCUUCUCUGUCAUCCAGACUACCCAGAACUAGAGGCAGCUGCAAAGGAAGUGACAGAAGAAAUGGGGAUUGAUUACAUCUGGAAUGAGAUGGCUUUCAGGGAAGCAACCGAAGAAGAUGAAGAGAAGAUACAAUUAGCUUUAGAAAGCGAGGAAUCUCUACAUGGUAAUGGGGACUGGUCUGUAAGACUAGGCAUCAAUCUUUACUAUAGUGCAAUUCUCAGCCGCUCUCCUCUCUACAGCAAACAGAUGCCCUACAAUACCAUCAUUUACAAAGCAUUCGGUCGUUCUUCCCCAUCAUCUACUCCGACGAAACUCAAAUUUUACGGGAAAGGGUCGUCAGCUAGACAAAAAAGGAUAAAAAUGGCGGGGAAAUGGUGCGGAAAGGUGUGGAUGUCGAAUCAGGUCCAUCCUUUGUUAGUAGAAAAGGAUUCAGAAGUAGGAGAAGAACAUGAACAAGACCAACCAGAAGAAGAAGAAGAAUUAGAAGAAGAAGAAGAAUUAGAAGAAGAAGAAGAAUUAGAAGAACAAGAAGAAGAAUUAGAAGAACAAGAAGAGGAAGAACAAGAAGAUGAUGAAGAUCAAGAGCAAGAAGAAAGAAGCUUUUAUGCUUGGGGAAGACCUGAAAUGAAACUCGUGAAGAAGAAAAGUGUUGCUAAUGAGAUCACAACAUCCUCUUCUACAAGGAGAAGUGCAAGGAAGAGGAAGCACGAGGUAGUAGAAAGUAGCGUUCCUUUGAGAAAAGCUCCGAAACUGUCAGUUGUGAAGUCAGAACCGAAGAAACGAGCAAUCGUGAAGAAGAUAAAAGGAACCGUGGUUGAGGAAGGAGAAUACGGAUGUGAUAUCGAAGGGUGUACAAUGAGUUUUGGGUCAAAACAAGAGCUUGUUUUGCACAAACGAAAUAUCUGUCCUGUAAAGGGAUGUGGAAAGAAAUUCUUCUCACACAAGUAUCUAGUUCAGCAUAGACGCGUACACGAUGACGAUCGACCAUUGAGGUGUCCUUGGAAAGGGUGCAAGAGGACUUUCAAGUGGGCUUGGGCUCGGACUGAACAUAUAAGGGUUCAUACAGGCGAACGACCCUAUGUUUGUGCAAUCACGGGAUGUGGGCAGACUUUUCGGUUUGUUUCUGAUUUCAGUAGGCACAAGAGAAAAACCGGUCAUUCAUCAAAGACUGGCUAAGGCUAAAAUGACCAAUUUAUUCUAGUUAGUUAAUAUGGAAGAUGUUUAGAGAUGUUCCCUAUUGGAGACUCAUUUGUUUUAAUUAACAUUUAUGAAAAAUCUUAACCAGAUAUAACGGUUCAUACAGGCCGAACUCCUAACUCAUAAUCUAGUCUUUCA